GAAGGGAAAAGAGCAAAGGCAAUACAGAAGCAAGGCAACCUCGGCGAACAAGCCCAGCUCAACACCGACCAUGGCCAUGCAAGUGCAGAAGAUGGGGUGUGCUUGGGGCAAGCUUUGCCUGCUGCUCUCCCUCCUCCUCCAGCUGCCGGACUCCCAGGCCAAAUGCUACUUCCAGGCUAAAGCUCCCUGCGAGUACGAGGGGAAGCAGUUCUCCCUCGGGGAGUCGUGGCUCAGCACCAACUGCCUGCUCUGCACCUGCCUGCACCCCAUCGGCGUGGGCUGCUGCGAGACCACCCAGCACCCCAUCGACUUCCCCGACUGGUGCGAGGCCCACUACGACUCGCAGACCUGCCAGAUCUCGGUGGUGCAGAAGGCCAACCCCAGCCUGCCCUGCGUGAAGAGCAUGGAGCACGAGUGGGGCUCAGCCGGCACCCCUGAGCCACUGAGCAACAAGGUGCUGGGCGCGGGGCUGAGCAGAUAGAGGCUCGGCAGCGGCCCGCACCCCCUCAGCAUCAUCCUCCCCUCCUCCAGAGCACACCUCCCGCAUGCUCCAGACCAGCCCCAUCCCGUAGAGACGUCACUGCCGCCACCUUUGAGGGAAACCACU